UGCCGACCAAUUACUGUCGCUCUCGCAUCUCUCAUGCUCGCCGCCGCUGUGUCCACGCCGCUGAGCUUCGCCGGCGCCGCCGCGGCGCCGCUGGCCCGCGCCAGCGCGCCCGCGAUGUCCGCGCUCCCGGAGCUCUCCAAAAAGCUCAACCCGGUGCUCGGCUACUGGGACCCGCUCAACCUCGCGGAGCUCAACUUCUGGGGCGCGGGCGACGACGCCACCGUCGGCUUCCUCCGCCACGCCGAGAUCAAGCACGGCCGCGUCGCGAUGGCGGCGUUUGUCGGCUACUGCGUCCAGUCCAACGUCCACUUCCCGUGGGCGCCGUUCAACUCGAUCCCGACCAACAUCGCGCCGGCGGAGCAGUGGGCGCAGCUGCCGGAGGCCGCAAAGUGGCAGAUCAUCCUCUUCGUGGGAUUCCUGGAGGUGUACUCGGAGCACUCCUUCAUCCUCGAGAAGUACGGCCAGAAGCACUACAUGAAGGGAGGCAAGCCCGGCUUCUUCCCCGACUUCGACACGAUGGUCCACCCGGUGCCGCUCAACCUGUGGGAUCCGCUCAAGGCGUACAAGGGCGCCUCGGCCGAGCGGAAGGCGGACGGCCUCCUCAAGGAGGUAAACAACGGUCGCCUCGCGAUGAUUGGCAUCAUGGGCUUCUGCGCCGAGGCGCGCGUGCCGGGCGCAGUGCCCGCCCUGAGCAACAUUGCGCACUACGCGGGCGAUCCGAUGGCGCCCUUCGCCGCCAACUUCCACCUGCCCGGUUUUGCGUCCUAAAGGGCGUGCUAGCGCGUGUGGGGGGAGGGGGGGGGGGGGGAGGAGAGGCGGUUCGAGCGGUUCGGUGUGUGGGGAGGGGACGCCUCACUUUGUGUGCGUGCGCGCACGUUCGUGACGCGGCGUGGAGCACUCGGUGCUAGAGUCUCCGCUACCACAACCCUUCCUGUAG